GAUGUCGGCGGGCGGCCGCGACGAGGAGCGGCGGAAGCUGGGCGACAUCAUCCGGCACUGGAACGCCAACCGGCUGGACCUGUUCGAGAUCAGCCAGCCCACGGCGGAUUUGGAGUUCCACGGGGUGAUGAGAUUCUAUUUCCAAGAUAAAGCUGCCGGCAACUUCGCGACGAAGUGCAUCCGGGUCUCCAGCACCGCCACCACCCAGGAUGUGAUCGAGACGCUGGCGGAGAAGUUCCGCCCGGACAUGCGGAUGCUGUCGUCGCCCAAGUACUCCCUCUACGAGGUGCACGUCAGCGGAGAAAGAAGACUGGAGAUAGAUGAGAAGCCCUUAGUGGUGCAGCUGAACUGGAAUAAAGAUGACCGGGAGGGCAGAUUCGUUCUGAAGAACGAGAAUGACGCCCUUCCUGCCAAGAAGGCUCAGAGUAACGGGCCCGACAAGCAGGAGAAAGAAGGCGUCAUCCAGAACUUCCGGAGGACGCUCUCCAAGAAGGAGAGGAAGGACAAGAAGAAGAGAGACAAGGAGGCACUGAGGCAGGUGCCCAGCAAGGACGAGGGGCCUCGGCCCGGGGACGACAGCGAGAACUCUCACCUGGCUGCCGAGGUCUACAAGGACAUGCCCGAGACCAGCUUCACCCGGACCAUCUCCAACCCUGAGGUGGUGAUGAAGCGGCGGCGGCAGCAGAAGCUGGAGAAGCGGAUGCAGGAGUUCCGGAGCUCCGACGGGCGGCCCGACUCAGGAGGAACGUUGAGAAUUUACGCUGACAGUUUAAAGCCCAACAUUCCCUACAAGACGAUCCUGCUGUCGACCACAGACACCGCGGACUUCGCCGUGGCCGAGGCGCUGGAGAAGUAUGGGCUGGAGAGGGAGGACCCCAGGGACUACUGCGUCGCCCGGGUCACGCUGCCUCCCGGGGCCCAGCACUCCGACGAGAAGGGCGCGAAGGAGACGGUCCUGGACGACGAUGAGUGUCCCCUGCAGAUCUUCCGGGAGUGGCCGAGCGACAGAGGGGUCUUGGUCUUCCAGCUGAAGAGGCGGCCUCCGGACUACGUCCCCAGGAAGGGCAAGAAACACCCCGACGGGCGGGCUUCGAAGGGGAAGGAGCGCGGCGAGGGGGCCGGCUACGGCGUGACGCUCCCGCCCGAGAAGCUGCCCUACCUCGUGGAGCUGAGCCCAGGGAGAAGGGGUCACGUGGCCUACCUCAGCGGCCACGCUCUCGAAGACGGCUCCGACUCCAGGGACAGGCCGAAGCUGUACCGCCUGCAGCGCAGCGUCACCGAGGUGGGGACGGAGAAGCUGGACGACAGCUCCAUCCAGCUGUUCGGAGCAGGGAUUCAGCCCCAUCACUGCGACCUCACCAACAUGGACGGCGUCGUCACCGUCACGCCGCGCAGCGUGGAGGCGGAGACCUACGUGGCCGGGCAGCGCAUCUCCGAGACCAGCAUGCUGCAGAGCGGGGUCACCGUGCAGUUCGGGGCCACCCACGUGUUCAAGUUCGUGGACCCUGGCCAGGACCACGCGCUGGCCAAGCGGCCCGGGGAGACGGACCUGCCACCGAGGGGCUCCCGGCCCCAGCCUGGGGCCCUUCAGGAGACGACCUUCGCCUUGGGCGGGGACGCUCACGGUGGGACGUCGCUGCCGACCAGCAAGAGCACCACGCGGCUGGAUGGCGACCGCGCAUCCUCCGCCUGCAGCACGGCCGAGCGGGGGAUGGUGAAGCCCAUGGUCCGCGUGGAGCAGCAGGAGCGCCGGCGGCAGGAGAGCAGGACUCAGGAUGCCCCUGGGCCGGAGCUGAUUCUGCCUGCAAGCAUUGAAUUCAGGGAGAGUUCUGAAGAUUCGUUUCUGUCUGCCAUCAUCAACUACACCAACAGCUCCACGGUCCACUUCAAGCUGUCGCCCACGUACGUGCUGUACAUGGCCUGCCGGCACGUGCUGUCGAGCCAGUACAGGCCGGACGCCAGCCCCCCGGAGCGCACCCACAAGGUGGUCGCCAUCGUCAACAAGAUGGUGAGCAUGAUGGAAGGCGUCAUCCAGGAGCUAGACCAGGGUGACCAGAAACAGAAGAACAUCGCGGGGGCACUGGCCUUCUGGAUGGCGAACGCGUCGGAGCUCCUCAACUUCAUCAAGCAGGACCGCGACCUGAGCCGCAUCACUCUGGAUGCCCAGGACGUCCUGGCGCACCUGGUGCAGGUGGCCUUCAAAUUCCUGGUCCACUGUCUGCAGACGGAACUGAGCAACUACAUGCCGGCCUUCCUGGACGACCCUGAAGAGAACAGCCUGCAGAGGCCAAAAAUCGAUGACGUCCUGCACACGCUCACGGGCGCCAUGUCGCUGCUGCGGCGCUGCCGAGUCAACGCGGCACUGACCAUCCAGCUGUUCUCCCAGCUCUUCCACUUCAUCAACAUGUGGCUGUUCAACCGGCUGGUCACCGAGCCCGAGUCGGGGCUGUGCUCCCACUACUGGGGGGCCAUCAUCCGCCAACAGCUGGGCCGCGUGGAGGCCUGGGCAGAGAAGCAGGGCCUGGAGCUGGCGGCCGACUGCCACCUCAGCCGCAUCGUGCAGGCGACCACUCUGCUCACCAUGGACAAGUACGCGCCGGGCGACGUCCCGAACAUCAGCAGCACCUGCUUCAAGCUGAACUCGCUGCAGCUGCAGGCCUUGCUGCAGAACUACCACUGCGCCCCCGAUGAGCCCUUCAUCCCUGCGGACCUGAUCGAGAGCGUGGUGGGCGUGGCCGAGAACACGGCAGACGAACUGGCGCGCAGCGACGGCCGGGAGGUGCAGCUGGAGGAGGACCCCGACCUGCAGCUGCCCUUCCUGCUGCCGGAGGACGGCUACUCCUGUGACGUGGUCAGGAACGUCCCCAGCGGUCUGCACGAAUUCCUAGAUCCUCUGUGCCAGAGAGGCUUCUGCAGGCUGGUGCCCCACGCGCGCUCCCCGGGGACGUGGACCAUCUAUUUUGAAGGUGCCGACUACGAGAGCCACCUGUCGAGGGAGAGCUCGGAGCUGACUCACCCGUUGAGGAAAGAGCCCGAAGUCAUCACCGUGACCCUGAAGAAGCAGAACGGGAUGGGCCUCAGCAUCGUGGCGGCCAAGGGUGCUGGUCAAGAUAAACUCGGAAUCUACGUCAAGUCUGUCGUGAAGGGAGGCGCCGCCGACGUGGAUGGACGACUGGCCGCAGGCGACCAGCUCCUCAGCGUGGACGGCCGGAGUCUGGUGGGGCUCUCUCAGGAAAGGGCCGCAGAGCUCAUGACCAGAACCAGUUCGGUGGUGACACUGGAAGUGGCAAAGCAAGGCGCCAUCUACCACGGCCUGGCCACCCUGCUCAACCAGCCGUCCCCCAUGAUGCAGAGAGUUUCAGACCGUCGUGGCCCAGGCAAACCCCGGCCGAAGAGCGAAGGCUUUGAGCUCUACAACAGCUCCGCGCAGAACGGGUCCCCCGAGAGCCCCCAGCUGCCCUGGGCCGAGUACAGCGAGCCCACGCGGCUGCCGGCCGACGACAGGCUCGUGAAGAACAGAGCCGACCACCGCUCCAGCCCCAACGUCGCCAAUCAGCCUCCCAGCCCCAGUGGGAAGGGCCCACCCGCCCCCGGAGCAGCCAGGAUCACGUCCGUGUCCACGGGGAACCUGUGUGCAGAGGAGCAGACGCCCCCACCCAGACCCGAGGCCUACCCCAUCCCCACGCAGACCUACACCAGGGACUACUUCACCUUCCCGGCCGCCAGGGCCCAGGACCGCUCGGCUCCGCCCGCCACCCAGUGGCCUAGUUAUGAGGAAAAGGCCCUGGCGCAUCCGGAUGGCAGCCCCACCGCCGCCGCCCUGCAGCGCGCGGCGCACUCGCAGGAGGAGCUCCGGGACGACCUCGCCUUCCCGCUGGGGCGCAGGGGCGACAGCGACGUGUGGGUGAACCCCAGCUCCUCCCUGGGCUCCAGCGCGUGCAGCCAGGAGCACCUGGCCCCCUCCUCCAAGACGGGCACCCCGGCCUCCACGCUGACCAAGAGCGGGCCGGGCCGCUGGAAGACCCCCGGGACCGGCGCCCCGCCCCCGCCCUCCGACCUGCCCCCGCCGCCCCCGCCGCCCCCCGUGCGCUGCCCGAGUGACUUUGACGGGGCCCCCCCGGAUCUGCCUCUGCCCCCGCCGCCUGCUCCCGGCCCGCUGGGCCCCCCGGCGGCCCCCACCCAGGCCCAGGCCCAGGCCCAGGCCCAGGCCGCGGAGCGCAGGAAGCGCGAGGAGCAGCAGCGCUGGUACGAGAAGGAGAAGGCGCGGCUGGAGGAGGAGCGGGAGCGCAGGCGGCGGGAGCAGGAGCGGAAGCUGGGGCAGAUGCGCGCGCCCCCCGCGCCCGGCCCCGCGCCCGGCCCCGCGCCCGCGCCCCUGCUGAAGCCCGAGAAGCCCCCGGAGACGGUGAUCCGGGAGCUGCAGCCCCAGCAGCAGCCGCGCACCAUCGAGCGCCGCGACCUGCAGUACAUCACCGUGAGCAAGGAGGGGCUGGCCUCGGGGGACAGCCUGUCCCCCGACCCCUGGAAGCGGGACGCGCGGGAGAAGCUGGAGAAGCAGCAGCAGAUGCACAUCGUGGACAUGCUGAGCGCCGAGAUCCAGGAGCUGCAGGGCAAGCCGGAGCGCAGCGCCGAGGACAGCGACCGCCUGCGCAGGCUCAUGCUGGAGUGGCAGUUCCAGAAGCGGCUGCAGGAGGCCAAGCAGAAGGACGAGGACGACGAGGACGACGAGGACGACGACGUGGACGCCUUGCUGCUCAUGCAGCGCCUGGAGGCCGAGCGCAGGGCGCGGUUACAGGACGAGGAGCGCCGGCGGCGGCAGCAGCUGGAGGAGCUGCGGAGGCGGGAGGCGGAGGACCGGGCCCGCCAGGAGGACGAGCGGCAGCGCCAGGACGACGAGCGGCGGCGCCAGGACGACGAGCGGGCCAAGCGCGACGCCGAAGAGAAGAGGCGCCAGGAGGACGGAUACUACAGCCGCCUGGAGGCCGCGCGGCGCCGGCAGCACGACGAGGCCGAGCGUGGGGAGCCGGGCCUGGGCCGCCCCCCGCUGCCCCGGGGCUACGGCCCCCCCAGCCCAGGCCCCCCGCCCCCCCCGCCGCAGCGCGGCGCCUCCUACCUGCAGGCGCAGGCCCUGUCCCCCGACUCGCUCUACACCGCCAAGCUCGUCGCCUACGAGGAGGAGGAGGAGGAGGCGGCCGGCAGCCCGGCAGGUCCAAACUCCUACAUGGGAUCCACGGGGAUUCUUGCCGGUGCCCACGACGGUCAUCGCGACUCGCGGGAGAAACUGUCUAAAAGCCAGGAGGCGGGUCUGCCUGGAGCCCCCGAGAGCCUGACGUUCCGAGAGCGGCAGCGGCUCUUCUCACAAGGCCAAGACGUGUCCAACAAAGUGAAGGCCUCGCGGAAGCUGACGGAGCUGGAGAACGAGCUGAACACGAAGUGAACGGGUGGAGGGUGGCGGCACCCGGGAGCGGGGGAGGGGCGCCCUGUGCCGCCUCCAGCGCUGCUUUUCCCAAACACGGGGUUCAGUGGUGCCCCGAUCCCAAGAGAUUAUAUUUUGCCGAGAUUGCCAUUUAUACGACCUAAAGAGUCUGAUUCCUCGUUGCCUGACUUACACGAAGAAGCCUUGGCUAGCGGCUUAGGAGUCUGAAGCGGAAGGGGCAGGGCGAGGGGCUGGGCCGGGCACCUGGCGCGGCUGCCCACUCCCACGGAGCCCAGGGUCUUCGCCGAGACGGGCGCGCGGCCACGCGGCGGGACGGCGGGGCCCACGCCCCUGUAGCGCCUUCUCAGCGUGUCCAGGCCCCGUUCCUCAGAGGACACGCCCUCCCGAUCGGCUCUGAACGUUUGGUUUUUAAGACUUCUGCCGGUGUAGACAGCUGCGAGGAUUUCAGCUUAAGGAAUUUUAUUUUUAUAAAUACUGGACUGCAGUAGGCUAGUAAACCAUUGUUGAUUGUGAAGGUGGCACUUAAGUGGGAAACUACUGAGUGUUUUAGAUGCCACCAGGGGGGUCUGUUAAGGGGACCCCGGGUGUCGGAGCUGCCCCGAGCGAGAACCGGGCGGGGGCGGGGGGCUGCGGGCGGCAGGGACCUGUCCGGACGCACAGGCCGCCCGCCCCAGGCCGGGACUCGCCGGGUCUCCUGCGUCCGCCGGGGUCGCUCCCUUCUCGCCCGCGGGGCUCUUGGUCACCCUGUCACUUCGUGGGCUGCGGGC